GGCGGCAGCCGGAACAGCCCGGGAGGAGGUGCUGGCGAGUGAGCUCUCCCCCCCCCGCUCCCCUCCCCUUUCCCCUCCCUCUUCUCCCUCUUCCCCCCUCCCCCCUAUGUUCAGCCGGCUCCUGAUCUGAUUCCUGAUCCCUGAUUCCCUGAUCUCUGAUCCCGCCAUGGGAGCCUGAAGAACCCCUCCUUCCCCCUCGACCCCCGCCCCCCGGGGCCCAGAGGGGGAAGAGGCUGCGGUCUGGGAUAAAGCAAGGGGGUGACCAGGACCAAGAGCCCCCCUUCGACCCCCCUCCCUCGCCCGCCCCCUCGCCAGUGCUGCCCGGGAGCGCGGAGUUUGCUCCGAGCGACCUGGAGUGCUGCGCUGCUAUACAAAGGCUCCGGCUGGGCCGGGGCGGAACUGAGCGGACCCGGGCAGCUCGGGAGCGGCGGGAGUGCCGCUUAGUUUUCUCUGAGAAGAGCCCACCCGCCCAGCAAAAUAGAGUCCCUCAGGGUGACAGUUGACUUCCUGAAGGUGCCUCUUGGCCUGAAGAAGCCAGAGCUGAAGGAAGUGGCCUUGGGGCCCCCAAGGAGGCCCCAACCCACGGCCCUGGAGCGCUACAAGUCAAGGCGCUCUGAGGCCAUGGACACUGAGUCCCAGUACUCUGGUUACUCCUACAAGUCCGGCCACUCCCGAAGCUCUCGGAAGCACAGGGACCGGCGGGACAGACACCGCUCCAAGAGCAGGGAUGGAAGCCGAGGGGACAAAUCAGUGACAAUACAGGCACCUGGAGAGCCUCUGCUGGACAACGAGUCAACCAGAGGGGAUGAACGGGACGAUAACUGGGGCGAGACAACAACUGUGGUGACAGGCACGUCGGAACACAGCAUCUCUCACGAUGACCUCACACGCAUUGCCAAGGACAUGGAGGACAGUGUCCCUCUGGACUGCUCGCGUCACCUGGGCGUGGUGGCCGGUGCUACACUGGCACUGCUCUCCUUUUUAACCCCACUGGCCUUCCUGCUGCUGCCCCCGCUGCUGUGGCGGGAAGAGCUGGAGCCCUGUGGAGCAGCCUGUGAGGGACUCUUCAUCUCAGUGGCCUUCAAGCUGCUCAUCCUGCUGCUGGGCAGCUGGGCCCUGUUCUUUCGCCGGCCCAAGGCCUCGCUGCCCCGGGUUUUUGUGCUGCGAGCCUUGCUCAUGGUGCUUGUCUUUCUGCUCGUGGUCUCCUACUGGCUCUUCUAUGGGGUUAGGAUUUUGGAGGCGAGGGAACGCAGCUACCAGGGGGUGGUGCAGUUUGCAGUUUCUCUGGUAGAUGCCCUGCUCUUUGUGCACUAUCUCGCUGUGGUCCUGCUGGAGCUACGCCAACUGCAGCCCCAGUUCACCCUCAAAGUCGUGCGCUCCACGGAUGGGGCCAGCCGCUUCUACAAUGUUGGCCACCUCAGCAUCCAGCGUGUGGCAGUGUGGAUCCUGGAGAAGUAUUACCAUGAUUUCCCUGUCUACAACCCUGCCCUCCUCAACCUGCCCAAGUCCGUCCUGGCCAAGAAAGUGUCCGGCUUCAAGGUGUACUCCCUCGGAGAGGAGAACAGCACCAACAAUUCUACUGGGCAAUCUCGGGCAGUGAUUGCAGCAGCAGCUCGGAGGCGGGACAACAGCCACAAUGAGUAUUAUUAUGAAGAGGCAGAGCAUGAGCGGAGGGUGCGCAAACGCAGAGCCAGACUGGUGGUAGCAGUGGAAGAGGCCUUCACACACAUCAAGAGGUUACAGGAAGAAGAGCAAAAGAAUCCAAGGGAGGUGAUGGAUCCAAGAGAGGCAGCCCAAGCCAUUUUUGCCUCCAUGGCACGAGCCAUGCAAAAGUACCUUCGCACUACUAAGCAGCAGCCCUACCACACCAUGGAGAGCAUCCUCCAGCACCUGGAGUUCUGUAUUACCCAUGACAUGACACCCAAGGCCUUUCUGGAGCGGUACCUGGCAGCUGGCCCCACCAUCCAGUAUCACAAGGAGCGCUGGCUGGCUAAACAGUGGACACUGGUGAGCGAAGAGCCAGUGACCAAUGGGCUCAAAGAUGGCAUUGUCUUCCUCCUCAAACGCCAGGACUUCAGCCUGGUGGUCAGCACCAAGAAGGUCCCAUUCUUCAAGCUGUCUGAGGAGUUUGUGGACCCUAAAUCGCACAAAUUUGUCAUGAGGUUGCAAUCUGAGACCUCUGUGUAACUGUGCAACAGAAUGGGGUGGGGCAGGGGGCUAUGGGAAGCUCCUGGGGGCAGUGGGAGGAGGCUUGAAAGCCAAGGCCUCAUCCAGUCCUGCCUCCUUCCUAUCUGCCUCCAACUCUGUUUUUUACUUGAAUUACUAACUUACUCUCACUCCCACUCUAUCCUCUUCUUUUCUUCCCUUCCCUGUCCUAGGUGAAUGGGGAAAAAGACCACCCUGAGAGUGGGGGCAGUAAUUAGGGAGAUUCUUAUCCUUCUGGUUUUCCCAUUGCUUCCCACCUCAAGCCCUAUGGGAAUAGGUCUCCCUCUCUCCCCCUUUCUUUCUAUUUCUCCAUGACAGUCUCUGCUGAAAGGGGACAUGGCCCUUUUGUCCUCUUCUCUUUCUCCUUCAUUUUUCUCCCCUUUUCCCCAUCUAGGUUAUUGUAGCAGUUCUCUCCAGUAGCCUCCUGGAAGUGCUUUUUCCAAGGGGUGAAGUCAAGAUCACAGCAAACCAUGGUGCCAAAUGAUCCCAGGUCAGGGCUAGUCCUCUCUGGCCUCCAAAGGGAGGAUGAGGCUGCUCGUCCUGCCCAUCUCACUAGACCUAUCUCAGGAACUCUGAGUUUUGAGGGCAACAGGACUCCCGAGUCUGUGGCCUUUUUAACUCCUGCACAAGUCACCAGGGUCAAGAGUCUCCCAUAGAUAUUUUUUUUCCUACUGCUGCUAUAGCCUCUUUCUUCUCUUCUGGUCCUUUUAUAUUCCUGUUUCUCUUUCUUGAGCACCCUAACCCAAACACACACACACACACAUAUAUAUACACACAGACAGACACACACACACAUACACACACACACAUACUCUCUUUUUCUUUCUCUCUGUCUCUCUUCCUUCUCUCUGCCUCUCUGUCUCUGUCUCUGUCUGUCAGUUUCUCUCUUCCAGAAGGGAAGCUCAUACCCCCUGAACCUUGUCAGGGAAAAUCCUAAUUUUCCUUUCCUGAGCUCUUCACUCAGAUGGGAUUACAAGAACACCGGGGAAUGCAGUCCCUUUGGCUACUUCCCCACGGACAUGGGAAGCACUCUUCCUCUCCUGUCUCCCUCUUAUCUGCCUUUCCUUCCCUAAUUCCCUACCCCAACUCUUUCCUAUAGGGUGGAUUUUCUUCCCAGUCUUGCCUUCACUGGUAAUCCUAAAAGGGAAGGAAAGACCCAUGGACAGCAUUGUGGUCUCAUGGAAAGAGAGGUGAAUUUGUAGCCAGAGGACCUGGACUUAAAUCCUAGCUCUGCCACUUAACUAUCUUUGUGGCCUUGAGUAAGUGAAGUGACUUUAACCUCUCUGGGCCUUAGUUUUCUGUAACAUGACAGAGCUGGACCAGAAGGUGUCUCUUAGCUCUAUAUCUAUAAUCCUGUGAUAACAUGGAGUUUUGGAAGAGUCCUGUGACAGUCAGUGAACCCAGCCCCUUCUUUUCUUCAUCCCCCAGGGGAGGUCUCUCCAUUGUUAAACAGGUGAUGUGAUUGAAAGGAGUGAGCUGCUGAGCUUCUUUCUUCCUCCAUGACAAAUGCCUCAGGCUUUUUUUCCCCUGGGCAGAAAUACUACUUUUCUAUGUUAAGGAGGGCCCUCAUUGCUUUUUCUCUUCUCCUUUUAAGUGAGGCUUUUUGCUUCCUCACUUCAAUGCUCUGGGAGCUCCUUUCUGUUCUCUGAUCUCUGCAUUGGGGUCAGGACCCUGAACCCUUGCUGUUUGAGGCCACAUUGCCCCUUGCUCCAUCUUAGCUUCCACAUGUUUAUGGCAGGCCUCAUCACUUAAAGCAAAUGUAGGCAAAAUUCCCCUUCCUUCUAUUUUCUGUAUUUUCAAUGUAAACUUGAGUCUUAGUACUUCCAAAUGCUGAUCUUUUAGCCAAGGGGAAUGAGAACUUAAAGCAUUAACACUUCCUGCUGCCCCCACUCUUUUCCUUCCAUUUCCAUCUAGUAUCUGAGAAGGGGUCUGCGCUCUGGUUGGCAUGCCAAGGGUGCCACCCAAUGCUCCCAUUUUGGUGAGUUUUCUUCCCUGCAUCAUUCAUUGAUUUCCCUUUGUGUGCAACCACCUGGGUACCCCCUUGGUUCAUCCCCAUGGAGACCUUCUACCUUUAAAGUAGACACCCUGAAGAUGACUCUGGGCUCCAAAGUCUGGUGCUAACCUUGUAAGGUGAGACAUAGCCUUAGCCACAUUUUCCCAACAGGGUCUUUCUGACUAAUGCCAACCUUGAAUGUGUACAUUGGGCCCUCCCCUUCCCCUUUGGGAGUCCUCAGGGAGGAAUGGGAAUUCCCACUCCCUAGGUACUAGUCAACUUAGUGGUUACAAGUCUGACUUUCCCAGGAUUUCAGGUCCUUAAGUUAAGCCCAGAAAGUUCUGAGGCAUUUCCAGAGAGUUGGGGGUCAGGCCCUUUUCUGGGCAUCUCUGUUUCUGUCCACAAAAUUUAAUGUGGGAAAGGGUCUCUCCUGGUCAUAUUUAUAAAUAACUCUUUCCUAGAAAGGGGUCUUGGAUGGAUAAUGGCUUCACUGCUUUUAUGGAAAAGGGAGCAAGAUGGAAAUUUGAGGUUGUAAGGGGGAAGAUAUUUGAGAUCCUCAUUGCUUUCCUAGAUUAUGGGCAGUGGAUGUUUCUUUGAAAGGACCUGCCAUGUUUUUAAUCACUGUGAUUUUUUCAUUCCUUUUUCUUUAAAAAAAAAAAAAGAAAAGAAAAAACUAACAAAAAACCCCACCCUAAUGUUUUUCCUGUCUUUUAAGCACUAAGGGCUGUGAUUGAGAAUAGCAUUGUUUUGACCCUCUAUGUCACAACUGUGGUAUCUUUUUGUUUUCUUUUUCUUAAAAAAAAUCAGGAUGAAUUGUGAAGUGUGUGUAUGUAUGUUUGAUGUCUCUCUCCUCUGUGGGAAGUUGUCUUGAGGCUGUGACCAUUAGUGGGAUGUAAAAUUAACACUCUUCCUGGGAGUACUUUUUCUCUCUUUCUCUCUCCCUUUCUCUCCUGUCCCCCCUUUCUCAGCUGAAAUUCCAUUUUUCUUCCUUCUUAUGAGGGCAUCUAUAGUCCUGUAACCUUCUGGGGAGAUCCAAGGUGUGUCCGUCUUCCUCUGGUGUCUCCACCUGACCAUUACCUUUUCAUUUGAGUUUUCUUGACAUACCUAACCCAGCCUUCCCCCUCUAAGGUCACUGUGCCUCAGUCCUUCACCUACCUCACCAUUCUGCCUCUGUCCUCAUUGACCCCUCUCCCCUAAGCUCACUUCUAUGCCAUCUGCCUUCAUUCCCCACCAUUUCUUUCUUAAAGUUUCACCUUCUUCCUUGUCACCCUUCAUCCUGUCCUUAAAUUCUUUCCUGACAUCCCUAUUGGAACUCCUGGGCUGUCCCUUUUUUGUUAGAAGAAAUGAGGUGAAACAAAUGGACCCUUAGAGACCCUCAGCUGGGCCAUCUGUUUUUUGCAGGCUUGUGCUUUCCUCUCUGUUGGGCCCAUAUAGGCUCCCCUGUCUCUGUAUGGUGUCUGUCUGUCAGUUUGCCCUCCUUCUCUUUCCUGUGCCCACCCCCUAGGGCAGUAUCUGCUGAUGGAUUUGUCUUGGUGUAGGACUGUCCCAUUAUGUUCUCCUAUGCGCAGAAGGAAGGGGGAGGCAGAGGGGCUAAGUCCCUUCCAAGUGAGAUUGUAAAUGUAGAAUUUUUCAUUCAAAUCUAGAAUUUUUUUUACAGAGCUGAGACCUUGUGCAUGCAUGUAGAAAAUUGUAAAAUGUAAAAUUGUUUUUUUUAAUAUAUAAGAAGCUUGUUUUUACAGUUUGCAGUGGAUUUAAGCAUUAUGACAAAUUUAGGGAUUUUUUUUCUUAAAACAUAGGAACUAAAACUGUACAAAUUUUUUUUAUAUAAAAUAAACACAUUUGACUUUU